CACCGAUUCAAACAAUCAAACCCGCCAAGAAUCUUUCACGAAAUCUCAUGGGCAUUUCAAGCCCUUCCUCGGUUUCAUAAAGCCGGGAAAGGCGCAGAGCCACGAGCAGAAUCCACCACUCCAAUCCUUCUUCCUCCCAUUUCUCUGCAUCCAUUCUGUCCACUUUUUCUCUGCCCAAUACCAAUAAGUCAAGUUUCUGCUGUCCUUCAAAGCAGUACUCCUCUUGGUUCCCAGUAGAGAGAUUUCAUAUAAUCCAGUGAAAUGGUUCUUCUGUGUUGCUGACUUGCAUCAUCGAUCGGGAAGGUGAACAAGCUCGCAGGGAAUUGGGAGUCAUCGCGUGUCGUAUGACAGACUAGAGAAGUAGAUAGAGAGGAAACAGGUGGUUUAGUUCUUGGCUUCAUGUUUUACUCCAAGUCCAAGAGCUGGAGCAGAUGGCCUGACCAAUCUGCUAAUGGAAAAUCAGGCGUAGCCUGCAUCAGCGGUGAUGAAGCAGUUUAUAGUAUCCACAAACAUCUUGAUCUUUCUCACAUGACCAGUUCAAUAAGAGAGAAUGAAGAACAACCAAUGAAUUUGCAGGAGGAAAUCAAGGAACCCAUCUGCUCAAAUGAAGGUGAGGACAACGAUGCAGUCCUCCUCGAGGAGGUUCCCGAGGAAACAGACCCACUGGAGCAAGAAAUCGAGAGCUUAAAGAACCAGGUUUUCGAUCUGCAACAGAGCAAGCAGGAGCUAGAGAGGCAGUUGCUCCUGUACAAUGGCCUAAAAGAGCAGGACUCGGUGAAGCUGAACGAGCUUCAACGUGUGGUAGACGCAAAGACCGCACAGAUUGAGGUUCUCGGCAAGAAGAUCGAAUCCCUCGAAGGCGAGAAUCGCCGGCUUGAGGGCCUCGCUGCCGAGAGGGCGAUGCUUAAGGCCGAGAUGGAGUCAGCGAGGAUGAAGAUGAAGGGAACUCGGAGCAAGAUAAGAAAGAGCUGGGGAAAGAAGAAGGAAGUAAUGACGAAGCUGCUGCAGCAGAUGGCUGCUCAGAGAGCAAGAGAAGCUGAGAUGCACAGCAGGGAGGCUGAGAUGAAGAUGAUCAUAGAAGGCUUGCAUGGUGAGAUUGAAGAGCUGAAGAGAACUAACGUGGAAUUGUUGAGCAACAAAAAUGAACUAAUGAAGAAACUCGAUUCCAUCGUCGAAGCCAUAGCCACUGAGAGGGAAGCAGCAGAGAAGGCCAAUGAAGAAGCAAACAGAUUGAAGAUCGCUAACGCGAAGCUGUCCAAGCAGAUCGAGAUGUACAGAAACGACCGCAGAACUGAUAUAGAGGAGCUGAUAUACCUUCGCUGGAUCAACGCCUGCUUAAAAUACGAGUUGCAGAAGAGACACAACUCCAAAGAUCAGAAGAGUCCGAGCAUGAAGCAUGAGAAGGGAGAGAAUAUAGUGGUGGAGCUUGGAUUGGACGAGAAGUGCACGGGCUAUGAUUCGGACUGUUCAUCAACAGAGACGUUUGAAUCAAUCGUAAUAGAUGCUGGGACAGAGAGAGGGCCCAAGAAAUCGAGGCCAAAGUUACUCCACAGGAUCAAGGGAUGGGUGAAGAACAACGAUGAGAGAACCAACAAAGUGCAAGAUGAAAACCAGAGUAGCAACUUAGCGGAUGAGAAGGUGAAAGUUAGAUCCUCGCGACCUCGUAAUCUAUUGUUUUACUGUGGGGAACUGGACUGUGCCUCAGAGAUGAAGGUGAUCCCAAGAUCUGCAAAUUUGCUUAUGAAAACUACCUUUUUUUGAAACUUAAACGUGUAUCUCUGCCUGUAAGGCAUUUAAUUCUAACGGUAGAAGAAGUGACACCAUUAGAGAUUAAUUGAUCAUCUGAAAGUCAAUGUAGAAAGCAUCAUGAUCUGCUGCUAAAUGGUAAAAAUAAUAAAGACUAAAUAAUCUAA